AUGACGACGGCACUGCUGCUGCUGAUGCUGAUGCUGCUGGCCCUCUUCGCGAGGGAGGCGAGAGGUACGCACAUCUGCCUGUGUGUUGGUGUGGAGAGAUCUCUCCGUGAUCUCCGCGUGUGGCAUUUCUUGUGGUGUGCAGGGGCGCAGGACAAGGACAUCACCGGCACCAUGGAGGCCCUGUACCUCAACAUGGCCCGCGUAAGUGAACGAACGCGUUGAGCUGCCUGUGCUGGCUGCCACACAAGCACAUGCAUGAGCCUCUCUCUCUCUCUCUCUCUCUGUGUGUGUGUGUGUGUGUGUGUGUGUGUGUGUGCGAAAUAGGCGUGUUACACGCACCCAAAGGACUGCCGCGAAUGCGCCGCCUUGUGGGAUGAGAACGGCUACCUCGGCGGUACGUCGCUUCUCACAUCCAUCCGAGGAAUGCAUUUCUGUCUAAUGCUUGUGUGGAUGUGUGCUUCAGGCAACGGCCUCUUCGGCUACGACAGCGAUCUAGUCGAAGACGCCGUAGCCGCCGAGAAGGAGGUGGACAUGAUGGGCGACACGGGCAGAGACAGACAGAUGCAGACUAGCCCCCACACACUCACACACAGACCACACACACACGACAGCCCAAAGCAGGUACCACGUAUCUGUAUUGUACACAAAGAAGGGUGGAGAUCACCCUGUCUGUGUCAUUUGCGUGAUACUGGUGGGCACACAGACAGAACACCUCUCUCGCUGUGUGUGUCUGUGGCAUUGUGUGCAGGGCAUUAUGCGCAUGUGCGAGGACAACAAGGAGUCCCUGAAGUAAGUGAUGCUCAUCGAUGCGUUGAUGAAUAGGGACACCCACAUACAGCCAUGUGUGUAUGUGUGCAGGCAGAAGUCCAAGAUGCGCGGGUUCCACCCAGUCGAGCGCUCUGUCCGUGUUGAAGGUACGCUAGGGACCCGACAAAGCGUGCAUACAGGUGUGAAAAUGCGUGUGUUGUGUAUUGUGAUGCAGCGAUCGGAGCGACCGAGGGGCAGGCCCUGCUGCUUGUCGAGACAACCGAGAAAGUGGUGAGUGCAUGCACAAUACACGCAGAGAGGUGUGUGUGUCUGUGUGUGUGUGUGUGUGUGUGGUAUAGGUGCGGUCACCACAUAAACUCUCGGACGUCAUUCAACAGAUGGUAACCUCACACUGUGAUCGCGUGUAUGUGUGUACGUGUGCACUGAGCUACGCUACCCUCUGUGCACACAACACAAUGCACGUGUGUGUAAAUCUACACACACGUGUAGUGUGUUGUGUUGCGUGUGCACACUGAUCUCUUUCUCUCUCUUUCUCUCUCUGUGCGUGCGUGAGGAUUCCCAUCUCACUUUUUUAUGCAUGUACUGCUCCUCUGAUAUCUCUACUCUUCUCGCUUAGGUCACAAUGAGCAUCAGCGUAAGAGCAUCAAACUGACUGGCUGACUGACUGAAAGAAAGAAAGAAUGACAGAGAGAGAUCAGUCAGUGCAUUUGCAUGAGUGCGUCCGCGUGUCUAUACCUAUCCCUCCACUCACUCACCCAUUCAUGUGCAUGAUUGUCUGUGUGAGUGCAUGCCUCUAUCAAUACAAACCGGCAGUGCAGACACACUCACACAUGCCCGAGAACCCAUUCCCUCUCUCUCUGUGUGUGUCCCUCUGCACUGCAGCAACGUUCAGAUCGCUUCGGCGUCUACAUGAGGGUCCGUAACGGGAAAAUAGGGUAUAUGAUCGAGGUCAGCACAUUGACACAUUGGGGCACAUACACACGCGCACACAAGGGGGGGCGAAGGAGAACGUGUGUGGUUGUCUGUGGCUGUGGGUUGAUGACAGGUCAACGACCCGCACCCCGAGAGCUACACCAAGGAGAAGGAGAAGGUACCGACACGGACAAAGACACUCACACGCUUGGCCACACACACGGCUUUCUCUGACAACAAUGCCUGUGUGUGUGCGUGUGUGUGCGAAUGGUGUGUGCAGACCAGCGACUUGUUGAAGGCCCAGAUGAAGGCGUUCGUCGAGAAGGACAAAUGCGACGAGCUGGACUCGGUGGUAUGUGCGUAUGAGCACACAGAUGACGAACACACAGAUGGAUGGAUCGUGUGUGUUAUGCCAGCUUUCGGCCGACUUCGAGGGAAAUGCUUUCUGGCAACACAACACACUCGGUCGGUCGACCUGCCUCUUCACAUGGCUCAUAUGGCUCUUGCCACAUACACACACACAGAGAGGGAGAGACACACGCGUCUAUCUGUGUCCAGGGAGCCAGUAUAUGGACUCCCUUCCGGCAUCGCAGUUCAGAGGUCAACCUACACACACACACACACACUCGCGAACAUGAUGCGUGUAUGUGUAAGGGUCUCACGUGUCUGUUGAUGUGCGCAGAUGCCUGCCACGCGCUGCACAAGAAACUCAAACACAUGGGAAAGCAGUCAGUGUGACAGAUACACAUACAAAUACAUGGCGACAUGAGUGGAUGGAUGUGCGUGCAUGUGUGUGUGUGGUCAGCCUGCACCCGCACCCCGAGAUCGAGUACACCAUUCGCGAGCUCUUCAGCGACCCAUUCUCACGUACGCACAUACACAAACAUGCAUACACUCAUGUGCACGAAAGGCGAUUGUGUGGGUGGAUGCACUUGUGCAGGGACGUCUAUGGUGUCGAUUGACCUCGACUGGAUACGCAAAGUCAGCACACACACACACAUUCUGUCAGUACAUGGGUUGGUGAGCGCGCGCGCGCGCGCGUGUGUGUGUGUGUGUGUAGGACGCCCACACCAGUGCGACGUUCCUGAUGGAUGGCGAGAACCAAGUUAGCCAACACACACACACACACACACACAUGCAACAGCAAACACGCAUUACCCAUGUGUGGGCAAUGUGUGUGUCUUAUUAGGAUCUGCUCACGCGUCUCAAGCAAGCAGAGCAAAAGAGCGAACAGGUGAGCAAAUCCAUCCAUCCACACACACAUGGACACCCACAUCUCUCUGUGUGCAUAUGUGUGUAGGUGUACGCCAAGAUCGGUCAAAUGGAAGACAAGCUCGACCAGACCACCGAAAAAGCCGCACAAAUGAACGACGUGGUUCGCGAACCACGUCGUCCCCCUCCCUCACAUACACACACAUACACACAGACAGACAUAUCACUGCUGGAAUCCAUGUAUGGAUGUAUCCGCAGAUCGAUUCCUUGAAGGGUGCACUCGAGAGCGCACGACAAGAAGCCGAACGGGUAAGUAACCUCCCACACACAAGCCAAGCCUCUCACACACACACCGGGCACACACGCAUUGAUGGAUGGACGGAUGGAUGGAUGGAUGACCCACUUGCAUGUGUGUUGUGUGUAGGUGGAGCGCAUCGACGAGGAGAUGCAGCGCGUAAGCCCAGCAAGCAUGCACACACACACACACGUACGCGUGUGUCUGUCUGUCUGUGUGAUGUGUGCAGGAGAGCGAGGCCGCCCUAGACCAGCUGCAGAGAGCUGUCGAGGUCAGUCAGCCAGUACCCACACCCACUCCACUCAUAUGUGCAUUCCCCCCUCUUUGUUUGUGUGUUUGUAGGGCGCCGAGCGCACCGCCCAGCGCAUCAGAGAGGAAGAGAAACGAGCCGCAGAGCAGCAGGCCAACCAGCCGCAGGUAGACGGACCAAGACCACAGCUUUCUCCCAUCCAGUUCUGUGUGCACUUGAGUGUGUAUGUGUGUGUGUGUAGGGUGAAGUGCAGCCGACAGAGACGCCAACAGACACAGACACAGACACCGAGGGCGAGCCAUCAGCGGUCGGUAUCCAACAUACACACACACACGCAACACAAGAAGAGAGAGAGAGAGGGAGAGACCAUGCCCACUGGUACUUAUGUGUGUCUGUGUGUGUAUUGGGUGCAGGUGCUGAUGCAGGCCAUGACGGAGGCCAUGAAGGAAGCCGACCAACGAGAAGUGAGGAGCCAACACUCUCAGACACACACACACAUGUGCCUCCAUCCAUCUAUCUCCCUCUGUGUGCAGGCUGCUGGAGGGAUGGGUAGUGUGGGUGCCGCGGAGCGUCCUCCCUCGCCCGCGUCUCCCCCCACCAUCCCCACUGCUGGAGAAGGCGAACAUGCACAUGAGCAUGCACAAGGGCACGGGGCCGUGGCAGCACACGAGCAUGUGGCGGAGCACGAGCAUGAAAAGACAGAGGAGGCGCCAGAGGUGCGUGUGCAGAGAGAGAGAGGGGGAGAGACGUUGAUGUGUGUGUGGCUCUGUUGAUGUGUGUGUGUGCAGCCGGCAUUGCCCUCCUCUCUGCGUGUACUGGCCUUCUUCAAGCUGAACGGCGACAACAUGAAGAUCUCCAACGAGGUGAGUGAAGCGCCCACACACAUUCAUGACACAGAGAGAGUGCAGAUGGCCGGAAAGAUGCAAAGAAACACACACAUUGGUGUCUCGUGUGUUGUGCGUGUGUUGUGUGCAGGUGCUGUUUGUGGUUCCGAAGCCCAAGGGCAACACGGCAUCGGUGCAGUCCGCUUUGCUCGACAUCACCGAAGAGGCACCCGGCAUGCCGAAACCAGGUAGGUACCUGCACACACACAUCUCACACACCGACGGACAGACGGGCAUCGUGUCUGUAUGUCUGUUGUGUGUGUGUGUGUGCAGGGUAUUGGCUGAUCCCGGCCGGGAUCAUUCUGGGCUUUGCGGUGCUCGGUAUGCAUCCCACCCACAUCCACAGAGAGAGAGAGAGUGUCAACAAGGUGUCUGUAAUGUCUGUCUCGCUAUGCGCAGGUGUGAUCAUCGCCCGCUGCAACCCGACGGCCGAGAAGAACAAGCCGCUCAUCCCCACCUACCAGCGGCUCAACGACCCCCCCACACGUAGAUCCAGAGAGAGCAACCACAGCCAACGCCUCGACAGCAGCGACGUCCCCUGA